AUGAACUGCAGCCAGACUCCUGACUUUGUCCUCUCAGGGUUUUUCAGCUAUCCAGACAAGUGGCAAUUGCUCUUUAGUGUCUUCCUGGCUCUCUAUGUGCUCGGCCUCCUAGGGAACCUAUUGCUUUUGCUGGUUAUUGGUGCUGACAUCCGCCUCCAUACUCCUAUGUACUUCUUCCUCAGCCAGCUCUCCCUGGUAGACCUCUGCUUCAUCACUAGCACAGUCCCUAAAAUGCUAGAGGAUUUAUGGACCCACAAUGGAGCGAUCUCAUUCUCUGGGUGUCUGACCCAACUGUAUUUCUUUGCUGUUUUUGCUGACAUGGACAACCUGCUUUUGGCCAUCAUGGCUAUGGACCGCUACGCUGCCAUUUGCCACCCACUGCACUAUCCACUCCUCAUGACUCCUUAUAGAUGUGGGGUGCUGGUUGGUGGGUCCUGGGGAGUGGCCCACUGCAUCUCGCUAGUCCAUACCUUGUUGCUAUCCCAGCUAUCUUUUCAUACGAGUCAAGAGAUUUCUCACUUUUUCUGUGAUUUGGGGCCACUCUUCUUGCUUUCCUGCUCGGAUACCCGUCUCAACGAGGACUUGACAAUGGCUCUGGCUGGACUUUUAGGCAUCGGUGCUCUCCUCUGCAUUGUAAGUUCCUACGUCCAUAUUUUCCGUGCUGUGGCUAGGGUUCCGUCAGCGCAGGGGAAAAGGAAAGCCCUGGCAACCUGCAGCUCCCACCUCUCCAUGGUCAUCCUCUUCUACACCACAGUCUUUGCCACCUACCUGAAGCCCCCCUCAACUUCACACUCCUCUGGGGAGAUGGUGGCUGCUAUCAUGUACACCAUGGUAACUCCCACUCUGAACCCUUUCGUUUACAGUCUGAGAAAUAAGGAUGUGAAGAAUGCAUUGAAAAGGACCCUGGCCAUGGAAAACUCCUUGGAUUAG